AUGGCCCCUAAAAUUACAAAUCGUCGAGGGCCAAGUGCCACGCUCAGCCCACAGCGUUCGUGCGUGCGUCCCCAGGGAUCCCCAGGCAUCCCCAGGCAUUCCCAGGCAUUCCCAGGCAUCCCCAGGCAUCCCCAGGCAUCCCCAGGCAUUCCCAGGCAUCUCCAGGGAUCCCCAGGCAUCCCCAGGGAUCCCCAGGCAUCCCCAGGCAUUCCCAGGCAUUCCCAGGCAUUCCCAGGCAUCCCCAGGGAUCCCCAGGCAUCCCCAGGCAUUCCCAGGCAUUCCCAGGCAUCCCCAGGCAUCCCCAGGCAUCCCCAGGCAUUCCCAGGCAUCUCCAGGGAUCCCCAGGGAUCCCCAGGCAUCCCCAGGCAUUCCCAGGCAUUCCCAGGCAUCCCCAGGCAUCCCCAGGCAUCCCCAGGCAUUCCCAUGCAUUCCCAGGCAUCCCCAGGCAUCCCCAGGCAUUCCCAGGCAUUCCCAGGCAUCCCCAGGCAUCCCCAGGCAUCCCCCCGGCAUUCCCAUGACAUUCAGGCAUCCCAGGCAUUCCAGGCCCCAGGGAUCCCAGGCAUCCCCAGGCACCCCGCAUUUUCAGGGAUCCCAGGCUCCCCAGGCUCCCCAACAUCCCCAGGCCAUUCCCAGCUCCCAGCAUCCCCAGGCAUCCCCGGCAUCCCAGGGUUCCAGCUCCCCAGGCUCCCAUCAUCCCAGGCAUUCCCAGGCAUCCCCAGGCCGGCCCAACGCGCUUUAAAGCAGUGGAAGGAACUAGCUUACAUCCCGACCAGCCUCACGACGACUGCUCGCUUUCAGUCACUGUGCCUUGUUCCUUAUGCCUUUUAA